AUGUCUUCUAACGAGCCUGCCGAUAACCCGAUUCUCAAGAAGUUCGAUGUGCAAGGCAAGAAUAUUGUUAUUACAGGAGGUUGCCGCGGUCUCGGCUUUACCUUCGCACACACGCUCGCUCAAUGCGGUGCCAACAUCGCGGCAAUUGACCUGAAUGAGCAGCCUUCAGCGGACUUCGCGAGCUUGCCUUUCGGUGGAAACUACAAGUACUAUCGAGUUAAUGUGACCGAUUAUGAGGCUUUGAAGAAGACAAUCGACAAGAUAUAUGAAGAGUUUGGCAGUAUAGACGGAUGCAUCCCUGCGGCCGGUAUCAUUCGAGAUCGGCCAUUCUUAGAGCACACAGAGAAAGACUGGCGAGACACGAUCGAUGUCAACCUGACCGGCGUCUUCUUUACCCUCCAACACUGUGCAGCCAAGAUGGUCGAACAAAAGACCGGCGGCAGCAUCGUGUGCAUAUCUUCUACGGCAGGUCACAAAUCACUCGCCCCGCAAACCAUCGCUGCGUAUACCGCAUCCAAAUUCGCCGUGCGAGGACUGGCGAAGCAGGUCGCGCACGAGAUGGCCAAGCAUAACAUACGAGUCAACUCAAUCUCACCAGGAACUAUGUUGACCGACAUGCUUAAGGGCAUAAUGGAGCAGGAUCCAAGCAGAAAGCAAUUAUUUGUCGACAGCUGUGCUAUGAAGCGUCUGGCUGAUCCGGGAGAACUCGCUGGCAUAAUGCUAUACUUGAUGAGUGAGGCAAGCUCUUACACGACAGGACAAGACUUUUUGGUCGAUGGUGGCUUGGUUUGA